AUGGGGCUCCCGGGCAAUAGGGGAUCAUGGGGCCCCUGUGUCCUAGCCCAAACUCAAAAAAGCCUAUGAAAAAGGUACCAGGGGCAUCUCAUGGGCCCCCUACUGACCCCGGGCCCUCAGGCAGUGCCCGAGUUUCCAAAUGGUCAGUCCGUGCCUACUGUCAACAUGUAUUCUGCUACAUUUCUUUGAUGAAAAUAAUAAUCAUAAUUUAAUUUUUAAUUUUUUUUUUUUCAAAUGUUUCUAUUAUUUUUUUAUUUUUUAUUAAAUUUGUUUCUCUAUUUCAUUUUUCAGCACACUGUGACCAAAACAAUACAAUGUUACCAUAGUAACAUUGAACUACUCUGGGC